UUUGCCGGGUGCGCUCGCGGAAACGUGAAUCCUUGCCGGAAUCCUCAACGAAAUCCUUGCCGGUAAAAUGUUCGAUACCUCGUUGAUCCUUGGAGUUUCCGCUACGCUGGUGUCGUUCGCGGUGGGCUACACAUUGGCCAAACAUGCUAAAAAACAGGCGGAUCCUGCAUCAAGCCAGGCAGACCGGGAAAACGAACCAGCCGAAAAUGUGUUUGCGGACUUUGGCGGCGAGUACAAGAUGGUGCUGGUAGUUCGGAAUGAUCUGAAGAUGGGCAAGGGCAAGAUCGGAGCCCAGUGUGGCCAUGCCGCGGUCGGUGCGUUCGAGACGGCGCUUAGGAAAACGCCGGCUGCAGUAAGAAAGUGGCAACAUAGCGGCCAGGCGAAAAUUGCGCUCAAAGUAGAGAACGAACUGGACAUGAUGGAAAUCUACCGCACGGCCAAGGCGAACAAUCUCAACUGUUGCCUGAUACGCGAUGCCGGUCGGACGCAGAUUGAACCGAAUAGCAAAACGGUGCUAGCCCUGGGGCCGGCCCCGAAUGCGGCCAUCGAUAGUAUAACGGGGCACCUGAAACUUCUUUAGGAGGUCCUCUAUCUACUUUCCGCUCCGAGUUUCAAGCAUUUCCUAAGCUAGGCUAUGCGUAAAGAUACCUCUUAGCCAAAGGAUUUAUUCUGGGUAAUUGUGUAUGUUGGUCUGCCGAUUGAAUGGCAUGGAAAAAUGUAUAGUAGCUUGUAUAGAACACCGCUAUCGCACAGCUUACUGGACAUCAACAGUAACAAACUCAACACAUCGGGUAGUACUCAUAGGCUCUACUGUUCAUUCCUGAUCGAUCAAAGCCAGCUAUACGUAUUUCAGAAGAUGAAACAAUACAAGAGCGUAAACUGUA